AUGUCUAACAAGCGUCCCACUAUGCAAUUAGGCACUGUUUUGGUGGUUGGUGGCUGUGGAUUCGUGGGCUGGCACAUUGUCAAUCACUUGCUCAAUUUCCCUUCGGAAACCGAUGCCAGUGUCGCUCUACCCAGGCCAGAAGAUGAUCCUCGAUUCGAUUACCCCCAGCUGGCCGGCCGGUAUCCGGCAUGCAUUGCGAAGGUCGCGGUAGUCGACUUGCGAACCUCCAACAAUCGGUUGCCUGGUGCCGAGUAUUACGAUGGCGAUAUCACGUCGGCAGAGUCCAUGUUAGAGGUCUUUCGCAAAGUUAAGCCGGAUGUUGUUAUCCACACUGCCACACCAAACGUCCUAGAAGGGAACAAGCCGUUGCUGCGCAAAGUGAAUGUGGACGGAACAAAGACAUUACUGGAGGUCGCGGGCGGCGCCCGCGGAGAUUGGGGUGGAAAGUGCAAAGCUUUCGUGUACACAAGCUCGAGCUCAGUGGUACACGAUACCCAAAGCGAUUUGAUCAAUGUCGAUGAGGAGUGGCCAUACAUUAGAGGGGAUAGGCAGUUGGAGUACUACUCGGAAACCAAGGCGGACGCAGAAGAACUCGUUUUGAAGUACAACCGAACCUCACCCUCUGGUAUGGUGACCUGUGCUGUUCGUCCAGCCGGUAUUUAUGGAGAGAAGGACACCACAUUUACCUACAAGAUUCUGGAGCACUCAGCCAAGGCCUCACCGGCUGUUCUUCGAAUGCAGUUGGGCGAUAACAAUAAUUUGUUCGAUUUUACUUACGUUGGAAAUAUUGCGCAUGCCCACUUACUCGCUGCGUUCCGCUUGCUUGCUACCAAGACCCGUAUUGAAUCCAAACAAAGUGAACCGUUAGACCAUGAGCGGGUUGAUGGAGAGGCUUUCAACAUUACUAAUGAUUCCCCGGUCUAUUUCUGGGAUAUGACGCGUGCUGCAUGGGCUCUGACUGGCAAGGUAGUCGAGCCCCAUCAAGUGUGGGAACUCCCUGAGGCACUCCUCGGCCCUAUUGGCGGCAUCGCGGAGACAGUGCUGGGUAUUUGUGGCAAGACCCCGCGGUUGACUAGGCGGGUAGUCCGGUAUUCAUGCAUGACUCGUUACUAUUCGUGUGACAAGGCCAAGUCGCGCCUAGGAUACACUCCCAUCGUUCCAGUUGAGGAGGGUCUGGCUCGUGCAGUCGGAUAUGUGGUAGAACGGGAGCGACAGGAGGGUCAGAAGAAGGGACAGUAA